AUGUUCUUCGAGUUGUGGGUUGACCGGUGCGACGACGAUGUGCUGCGCAUGGAGUUGGUCAAGGAAUGGCUGGCGCGAUCCGGCGAUCUCCCGCUCAACAUCACCGCCCAAUGUCUGUGUAGGAAAGCCCGACAAGCUCCAGCAGAGCCGCUCUUCCCCCUCGUCGACAUUCUCAACUCGUAUGCCAGCAGAUGGAGAGCGUUGAACCUACAUGCACCCUCCGCGCUUCUUUCGCGGUUCAACUCCGGUUCUACGAUACCUGAAGGCAGUGGCCUCUCAGAAUUGACAAUCGAACCAUCAGACUAUCCUGUAUGGUACCCCGUCAACCUCAUGUCGGUCACAACCACCCUCCGAAAGCUGACGAUAGCAAUCAUUCCACUGUCCCGCGUCCACAUUCACUUUGAUCAACCUCACGCACCUAUCUACCGCCUUGAGCAAUGCACUUUCGCCUCGAUGGACCCUGCGGAGGCGGAUCUUGUCCCAGAGCACGUUGCGGUGCUGAACCUCCGGCACCUGGCCUUCGAGGGGAACUCCGAAGAACGGUUAAAUGUUCUCUUCGACAAGGUGCACUUUCCUCGCCUUGAGCGCCUGGAAAUCAAAUCCUCCGAGGUCGACCUUGAUCCACCACUGGACCUUGCCGUGCACUUUGCGAGGUGGCACUGCCUGCUGAAGACCCUGUCGUUGAGCGACCGCGAGACGCGCGGGAUGGACAUGAAGAAGGUGCUUUCGCAGGUCUCGUCGCUCGAGUACCUGGACCUGUCUUCAUCGGAGAAUAAUUCCGCCGCGUGCGAUGUCCUCUAUGCACUUGCUGACCGCUUUGGUUCAGCCGACGGCACCGUGUCGUUCCUUCCUCGCCUCAAGAAGUUCAAAUCAUUCAAUACCCCUCCUACUUUCUCUUUGGACGUAAUUCCGAGGAUCUUCGGUGUCAUUUUUGACAAUAUGGAUUUCACAUCCCCAGCCAGCAUUCCAAAACGGCCGGUUCUACAGAGUGUCACUAUUCACCUUAAUCCGGGACCAGAUACUAAUGAAAUGGACCCGCAAACGAUGCAGAAAUACCUUUAUCUACAAAGGAUCGGAAUCGAGCUGGAGAUUGACCCACCUCUUUUGUCUUCUCAUCGCAGUAAUAGGGAAGGUCAGAACAGGGGAGAUCAGAAUGGACGGUUCUCACCGGUUUUUCCAUUCGAUUCUGGUUCCGGUUCUGAGAAGGAACCAAGUCCUCAAUAA